ACCCAAUGAACGUGUGCUCGUGGCGUUUUGUCCCCCGCUGCGGCCGCAUUGCUACAAAGUUUACAGCAGCGACGGUUGAAUCCCAACGGCGGACUUUGGAGUUUGUUACACUGCUGCGGCGCUACAGAAGUUUGUUCGACCAUACAGUUCGUCUUUCCCGGUAACAUAACCCGCGGUGUCUGUUCCGGAGGCCAUAAGGACUCAGUGACCCGCUUGGAAACACAGAGCUAAGCUUUCCAUCUGCUUUCGACUCACGGGCAGACUGAGGCUUUCGUGGUGCUGCUCGAUGCGAAGGCGGUUGUUGACUCACUACCACCAGCACGAGUGUUGCCCCCACGUUUCAUGUGGACCAUGUGCCCUUUGUUAUUUUAGUUUAUAGGCAGUGCUGCGUCACACAGCUUCCGUGAGUUUUUUUUACGUAAAGAUGCACUGUGGACGUCUGAACCACCCGUAGAUUGGAUUUUAGCGUGGAAACUGCUCCUCAGUAACUGGCUAGUAACUUAACGCAAGGUUCUGGAGGUAACGUUAACCAAACGUCGCGUUGACUCCUAAGAAACAUGCCCAUUAGGCGUUUUGGGGGUCACAGGUCUCUUGUCUCUCACGCUCCAAAGCUGUCGUAUGGUUUCACGAAAAUGAACGUUUCAAAAAGUGGAUACCGUGUUUUCUCCGCCAACUCCUCCACCGCUGGCGCCGAGCUAGCCAAGAAGAUCACAGAACGCUUAGGUGUGGAGUUGGGCAAAGCAGUGGUUUAUCAAGAGUCAGAUAAAGAGACUAGAGUGGAUGUGAAAGAGUCUGUCCGUGGGCAGGACAUCUUUAUCAUUCAGACCAUUCCCAGAGAUGUCAACACGGCCAUCAUGGAGCUGCUGGUUAUGUCUUACGCCCUGAAGACAUCUUGUGCCAAUAACAUCAUUGGCGUCAUUCCCUACUUUCCUUACAGCAAGCAGUGCAAGAUGAGGAAGAGAGGAUCCAUUGUCUGCAAGCUGCUAGCUGCCAUGUUAGCUAAAGCUGGGCUAACCCAAAUCAUCACCAUGGACCUCCACCAGAAAGAGAUCCAGGGCUUCUUCACCUUCCCUGUCGAUAACCUUCGAGCUUCCCCCUUCCUCAUCCAGUAUAUUCAAGAGGAGAUUCCAGACUACAGAAAUGCUGUCAUUGUUGCAAAGUCACCUUCAGCUGCUAAGAGAGCUCAGUCCUAUGCUGAGAGGCUGCGACUGGGGUUGGCAGUGAUACACGGGGAGGCCGAUCACUCUGAGUCGGACAUGGCUGACGGGAGACACUCUCCCCCCUUGUCCCGCACCACCACAGGACACAAAGGCCUACAGCUGCCAUUUAUGAUGGCAAAAGAGAAGCCACCCAUCACUGUUGUUGGAGACGUAGGAGGAAGAAUCGCCAUCAUUGUUGAUGACAUGAUAGAUGAUGUGGAGGACUUUGUUGCAACAGCAGAAAUCCUUAAGGCGCGGGGAGCCUACAAGAUCUACGUCAUGGCUACACAUGGCCUGCUGUCUGCAGAUGCACCAAGAUUAAUAGAGGAAUCUGCUAUCGAUGAGGUGGUGGUGACCAACACUGUGCCUCAUGAAGUGCAGAAGCUGCAGUGUCCAAAAAUCAAAACUGUGGAUGUCAGUAUGAUCCUGGCUGAGGCCAUCCGCCGCAUCCACAACGGAGAGUCUAUGGCCUAUCUUUUCCGUAACAUCACCGUGGAUGACUAAGGCAACAAACGCUCACAUCUACAUUCCUGAACACAUAACGCAAAUAUGACCAAACAAACACACCGAUGACCAAGAAAGCAGUUUACUGCAGUGUCUGUUUUAACCUGUUGUUCCUGUUUGUUUUAUUGAUGAACAUGCUGACAGAAACAGACUUUAUUUACUGUACCUUACAUAGGAAGCAAACUCUGUGGGACUACAAACAAUACAAAUUGUUUCACUGAAAUAAUAUAUGUUUCCUUAAAUCUGAAAAUAUGAGUAGCACAACACAAUGUAUCAGAAUUUGACAAAUAAACGUUCUUCUUGGGUGAGAAAA